AUGUGCACUGAGAAAGAGUUCAUCGUUCUGUCUAUCAUCGAACAUGAGAAACAUACGGUCAUUCAAGUAUUGGCAAAUGCUUCCUUCACAACAAAAAGAGAGAUGCAAGGACAUCAGGUUAUUUUGUUUGCUUUGCUUGUUAUAAUUACUUCUGCAACUGAAAUCACUUUUUUCGGUGCGUACGAAAAUUUUCCUAUCAUUGGAAAUCAAUCCACUAUUGAUGCCGAUCAAAUUGUGUUAUUUAUAAAUGUAACAAAAUGUCCAACAACAGUAUGUUCGUGUGAAGUAAGAAGCAACGCGUCAAACAACGCAUUAGCUGUGAACUUCUCGACUACAAAUUCUGAUCGAGGAAGUGUGAAAGUUGAACAACUUCGAGCUGAUACAGUAUAUUCAUUUGAAUUAAUUUGUAUCGGCGCUGAUAAAUCGGCAAUGCUUGUGCUUAAAACAGAUUUUGGUCGACCAUCGGCUCCGGAACAGAUUUCAUGCAAUUUAGCUGGGAAUCAUGCCCGUCUGGCAUGGCAACGUCCGUCAACACCUGCCGGACCUAUUCAUAACUACCGACUAACUCUCAAUCGGACAACGAUUACCGAGAGCAUACCCGGUGAUGCUACGACUUACACUAUGGCAAACGAUUACGUUUGGGGAACAGAAUAUAAUUUGGUACUAACCGCUUGUAAUACCAAUCGUAAAAAUGAAUCAAUAUGUUCCGAUCCCAGUCUGAGCUCUUUAACUUUCUAUAUGGAAGCAACUACAACAACAUCCAAACCAAAACCAAGUCCAGCAAAUCGUCUUUCUUGUUUCAUAACAUAUCCAAUAAUACUACUUUUCAUUUCAUUAAAUGUACUUUUGUAA